AUGAAGAUCGUCAUCUUUUUUGUCUUGAUAGCUCUGGCCAUCGCUCAGGAAAGCUAUCCCAGCAGGUACGACAACAUCGACAUUGAUGAGAUCCUGCAGACCGAUCGUCUUUUUAAAAACUACCUCAACUGCCUUUUGGAAACCGGGCCAUGCAGUCCGGAGGGAACCGUGCUGAAGAAGUAUGUGCCGGAUGCCGUGGCCACCGCAUGCAGUAAGUGUACCGAGAAACAGCGUGAAGUCACGACCAAGGUGGUCAAGUUUCUGAUUGAAAGGCAUCCCGAGGAAUGGAAGAUCCUGCGAAGCAAGUACGAUCCGGACAACAACUUUGCCGAAAUGUUCCGAGAGGAAGCAGUCAAGUUCGGAAUCAUAGUCUAA